CCCAGCACCGCGCCCGGGAGCGCUCCCGCCGCCGCGCGGGGGGACCCGGUGACGUCACGGGCGGCGCGCUCCCCGCGCUCGCUCCGCGCUCGCCGCCCCGUAACUUCUGUUCUGGGAAGUGGUGCCAGGAAUAGCCCGGCGGAGCCGCCUGCAGCGCGGAGCGCUCCCUCCCGCCGCGGCCAGGGCGGGCUGCGGCUCCCGGGCCUCCGCCUCUCCCCCGUGCAACACCAGCCCCUUCGCCACUGUCAGGGAGAUGGUGAUGAGCCUUUCCAAAAAGAGGGAGAGGAAUGACUUGCCUUAAGAUAAACGCGUGAAGCGGGCGCCCCUUGGCCGCUGGAAUAUCUCUGUCUGUCUUUAUAUAUAAAGAAGCACCGCGAGCCGCCUCACUCCGGGCGAGCCCUUAGCAAAGGAGCAACACGAGCGCCCGGCGGGAUCGGCAGCAGCGGCAACAACAACAAGGGCACCGGGAGGGCUUCCCUCCUUCCUCCUCGGUGACUUCCCAGGUGGGACCUUCUCCUGWCAUGUGAUCUCCAGUGAGCUACUGUGACUCCUACGAUGACAAUGUUAUCACUGCCACAUCUCUGGGAACCAGUUAUUCACAAGUACACGGACUGUCUACCUAAGAAGCUGAGAGUCAGUUAGGAACAUUGAUGAAGCCUCUAUUCUGUGAGGUGGAAGAGAGAGUUAACAGCCAUAUUUGCUGGAGUAGUGAACCAAAUUGCUUUGACUGGAACCAUUACUCACUUGCACCUUUGAUGGCAGCAGCCAGGAAAUUUGAAGAUAGUCAUGCCUAUUAGAUGUUUAGAAGAUGCAGGUAGCUGUGUCACCAUGGAAGAGAUGAAGAGAGCUUUGCUCUAGGAGAUCACAAAUAUCUCUGGAUCAUUCUGCGUCUCAGUAUUUAAUAACAAUGGAACGUGUCCAAAUGCUAUAACAAGUCUUUGCAAAUGUAUAAUAAACUGUUUAGGAAAGUUCAUGCCAUGAACAGAACUGUAUAAUAGUCUCAUUAGUGUACAGACACAAAUCUAAUGCCUAUAGACUACUGUGUGGAAAGUUCCAAAGAGAAAGAAAAGUCUGUGAACUUGCAACAGCCCUGGAAAAAUGGGAGCAACAAAACUUUAAAAAGCACAGCUUUGGGCACACUCCAUGUGUCUGCACAGCUUUCAAGUGAACUAGCACUUAAGACCUUGUGUAACAAAAUGGACUCUGGGGACACAGCUAUAGGGCAAAAAGCUACCUCAAGGUCUGGAGAAACUGCUAAAGUACCAAGUAGAUGGAGGCAGGAACAUUCACCUGUUAUUAAGAUGAGCACUUUCGGCAGUCAAGAAGUACAGCGGCAACMACAAAUAGAUCACGAGCAGAUAGGAAACACGGCAUCAGCACAACUUUUUAGUUCUGGGAAACUGGUAUCAUCAAAUGAAGCUGCACAGCAAGUCACAGAGAAGCAAUAUCCACAGCAUCGUCCAAGCCCUUACUCAUGUCAACAUUCGCUUUCCUUUCCACAGCAUUCAUUGCCACAAGGCUUCUUGCACAACAUAAAGCCACAUCAGAGCUUGGAAGGCCCUCCAUGGCAGUUUCCUAGCCACUUGCAAUCAGUUGCCUCAGAGGACUUGUUUGCUUUUCAUAUGCAUAGCCAUAGUGGAGGUUUCUCCAGGAAGAAGAUUUCCAGUUUGAACCCUGCRUACAGCCAAUAUUCUCAGAAAUCUUUAGAACAAUCAGAAGAUGCUCACAAAAAGGAGCACAAACCCAAAAAGCCUGGCAAGUACAUUUGUCCUUACUGUAAUCGGGCCUGUGCCAAACCUAGUGUACUUAAAAAGCAUAUUAGGUCUCAUACCGGUGAGCGACCGUACCCUUGUGUUCCUUGUGGUUUCUCCUUCAAGACGAAAAGCAACCUUUACAAACACAGGAAAUCACAUGCCCAUGCAAUUAAGGCAGGAUUGGUACCUUUCACAGAGUCAGCAGUCUCCAAAUUGGACCUCGAUGCCAGUUACAUYGACGUGGAAGCUGAAAUACACUCAGAUGGCGAGCAGAGCACAGACACUGACGAGGAGACCUCGCUCCUAAUGGAAGGGUCUGACAAACUGAGCCCYGUCUCACAGCUCCCGCUGGACAUUGCUGGCAGGAGUGCUUUUCACUCCUCCAUGGAAGAGUCCUUGGUGGGGCCGAUGAAAGUCCCCAUUUUGAUUAUCCCUAAAAGCGGGAUUCAGUUACCCAGUGAGAGUUCACCCUAUAUCGGCUCUGAUAUGUUGCAAACCCCAUCCUUAAGUACCAAGUCUGACGACUCUCAUACAGUAAAACAGCGACUUGCACUAAGACUGUCAGAGAAAAAAGGACAGGACUCUGAGCAGUCAUUAAACCUCCUGAGCCCACACAGUAAAGGAAGCACUGACUCUGGCUAUUUUUCCCGCUCAGAAAGCGCUGAGCAGCAAAUUAGCCCACCAAAUACUAAUGCAAAGUCUUAUGAAGAGAUAAUUUUUGGGAAGUUCUAUAGGAUUAAUCAAAGGACAUCACUAACUGUAGCCACAACCAAUCAGGAACACAGUUUAAUGGGUAGAAAGGGCAAAACAGACCCAUCACCUCUUUUAAACAACAGGUUAGAUAUCAAGAUGCUUGAGGAGCAUAUUUCUCACCUGACUCCAAAUAAAGAAGAACUCAUUGAUUCCAGUAAUUUGAGCACUAUUAAAUCAACACAAGUUUACCCAGGCAGCAAUACAGAAUGUAGACAAUCCCAGACCACAUCAUCCAUCAAAAGUGAAUCCAGCUUGUACCAAGUCAGUCAGCAGGGUGAUGUGCCUGUCCUUCUAGAGCCCCCAGCAGAUUCCUCUCCUCUUGUUAGAAGUAACUCCAUGCCAACCUCUUCUGCAAACAGCCUAAGUGUUCCCCAGUCUCUGAGGGGAAGCCACUCCUUUGAUGAGAAGAUGACUGGCUCUGAUGAUGUAUUUUAUCCCGGGACAGUGGGAAUAUCCCACCAAAGGAUGUUGAGAAGGCAGGCUGCCUUUGAACUGCCAUCUGUACAGGAAGGGCACUCAGAUUCAGACUAUCAUGGAAGACCGGGGAAAAAUAUCAUUAUUGCUUCCAGCAGACAGACAGCAGGUGACAAAGGACCAUCCUUAAAAGAUAAGAAAGGAGACAAGACCUUUCAUGACUAUGAUGCCAGUGGAAAGCACUACAGAAAGUGGGAAGAAUUUGAGGCUCAGAAGCAGAACUACAGGGACUCGCCAUCCUUAGGUGGGAUGAACAAGGGGGGAGAGUUUUUUAUUGAGCCACUUGGACAAUCUCAGUCAGUGCCAUCCAUGCUUGGAACAACUUUUGAAAACAGAAAGCGCAGGAAAGAGGAGAGUGUUGGAGAUGAGGAAGACAGUCCUAUGAUUUGCAGCAGUACAAGUGGCACCCCUGGGGGAAUUCAAUCUUUGGACUUUGAUUCCAAAUCCCAAAUUCAGGAAGUGCCAAGAAGUGGAUUUGCCCUUCAAGGCCUCGACAAUGCUCCCCAUUGCCAUGCAGAGCGUUUUGAGAUGUGCAGGCCUUACUUGCAGUCUGGAAGUCCAGCAGCUUCUCUGGAAGACUCAUCCCUAGCUUCAGAGCAAGAAAAGGCUGCAGAAUCACUGGUUAGAAAGCCCCCUGGAAACGUCAUCUCUGUUAUUCAGCACACAAAUUCACUGAGUAGGCCAAACUCAUUUGAAAGGUCUGAAUCUACAGAGCAUAUUGCAUGCCAGCAGGAAAAGGUCUAUUCACCCUCUGAAACAUGUGAGAGUGAGAUUUGUGAGUCCCCGAUGAGCCCAGACCGAGCUCCACAGAUGGAAAGUGUUGACACCAGUAAGCCAUCCCCAUCCCAGCAGCCUCAGCCGUGUCACAUGCAGCCCAGGCUGGUUCGCCAGCACAACAUACAGGUCCCUGAAAUUCGUGUCACCGAGGAGCCAGAUAAGCCCGAAAAAGAUAAAGAAGUGCAGAGUAAAGAGCAGGAGAGACCCACCGAAGAAUUCCAGUGGCCCCAGAGAAGUGAAACCCUUUCUCAACUUCCAGCUGAAAAGCUACCACCCAAAAAGAAGCGUUUAAGACUGGCUGACAUGGAGCACUCCUCUGGAGAGUCCAGCUUUGAGUCUACAGGUACAAGCCUCUCUCGCAGCCCUAGCCAAGAAAGCAACUUGUCCCACAGUUCGAGUUUUUCAAUGUCCUUUGAAAGAGAAGAGAACAUGAAGUUCAUCACACCUCCCAAACAAGAUGAAUUUGGAAAGCAGUCUGAGUUUUUAACAGUUCCAGCAGGUGCUUACUCACUUUCCGUCCCUGGGCAUCACCAUCAGAGGGAAAUGAGACGCUGCUCGUCUGAACAGAUGCCCUGUCCUCAUGCUGCUGAAAUUCCAGAGAUCCGAAGUAAAUCCUUUGAUUAUGGGAACCUGUCUCAUGCCUCUUCAGCUGGAACACCUACUGUGGCAUUGUCUCCAUCCCGAGAAAGGAAGAAAUGCUUCUUGGUUCGCCAAGCUUCCUUCAGUGGUUUUCCAGAGAUUGCCCAGACUGAUCAGAGCACAGAACAAAGCAUAAAGCAGGAGCAGAUGGAGCAUUCACAGGUCGGUCUUCGCUCCUCCCAGCUUGCCUGGCAUCACUCCCCUUCCUCUGUACUUCAGUCCAUUCAGGUGGAUGACUCUGGAAAACAAUCUAUUGGCUCUUGUGCUCAGCUUAGUAAUAGCUCAUCCCACCUUGCCCAGCAGCAGGCUCUUGUUGUAGACAGCCCAGAAAUGUUAAGGACUCCCUUAAUCCAACAAGCACCUUAUAUUUCUAACAAACAUCCAUCAGAGCAGCAGCAGCUAUUUGCACAUCAGGAGAAAGUCCCAUUUCCCCCUAUUCAUAGCACCUUGUUUCAGUUCCCCUACCCAGCUGUCUGCAUGGUUCACUUACCACCAUCUCAGCAGCCUAUCCUAUGGCAGUCAUGCACAGAACCUCUGCACUUCCAGCAUCAGUUUCUACAACAGCUGCAGAAAUCUUACAUCCAGCAGCCUUUCCAAACAGACAUUCCUCCAAGUUACCACCUGGAACAUGCACCAGAGCUUAUUGGRAAGAAAGCAGCUGAUUAUGUGCACGCUAAAGAACAAGCAUACCAGCACUACUCAGGAACAUCUGGGCCGUAUUCAAAAAAUACUCUUGCUAAGUACCAGUCAGACCAUAGCAUUAAACCAACAGAUAUCUCCUCUGAGCAGCAUCUGCAGACAGAUUUUGACUCCCCAAGUGAUGGAUCUGUACAGUCUUUGCCAGGAACAGUUGUUCCUGUCAGGCUUCAAACCCAUGUGCCAUCUUACGGUAGUGUCAUGUACACAAGCAUUUCCCAAAUCCUUGGACAGAGCAACAGUCCUGCAAUUGUAAUUUGUAAAGUUGAUGAGACAGUUUCUCAAAGAACAUUGGUAACUAAUGCAACCAUGCAAGGAAUUGGAUUUAACAUAGCUCAGAUGUUGGGUCACCACGGAGGAGUAGAAAAAUAUCCUUUGUGGAAAGUGCCGCAGACGCUUCCGCUUGGACUGGAGGCACCAAUUCCUUUGUGUUUGCCUUCCACUUCUGACAUGGCUUCUACCUUGGGAGGAGGCAAACGAAUGCUUUCCCCUGCCAGCAGCUUGGAGCUCUUCAUGGAGACCAAGCAGCAGAAACGAGUCAAAGAAGAAAAAAUGUAUGGGCAGAUCGUUGAGGAACUGAGUGCAGUUGAGUUAACUAACUCAGACAUAAAGAAAGAUUUUCCAAGAGUGCAAAAGCCGCAACUGGUAAGGCAGAGCUGUACUACUGAGCCAAAAGAAAGUCUGCCAUCCAUGUCAUCCUCUUCAUCACUGUCAUCCUCAUCAUCUCAAGAUUUCCCACCUGUCAGUGUGGUGGGAGGUGAUGCAUUCCCAGUGAGCAGAGAGAAACUUUCAAGUUUUGAUUCCACAUCACCGGGACAGAAGUCCAGUGGCCCAUCUGAAGGAAGAGACUCACCGGAAGAGCUGGAUGUGGAUGAAACAGCCUCGGAUAUGAGCAUGAGUCCACAGAGGUCUUCAUUGCCAGGAGAAAUUCAGACAGAAGACCAACUGAAACACCAAAAAUUACCUCUUGGGAUGUUAGUCCAGAUGUCAUCUAAUGCUGUUGGGAAAGUCACAGCCUCAACUAUUCUCCUGACAGACGUGGCAGAUUUUCAACAGAUCCUUCAGUUCCCGAGUCUGCGUACUACAACAACCGUGAGCUGGUGUUUCCUAAACUAUACRAAACCCAAUUACACUCAGCAACCAACCCUCAAAGCUUCUGUUUAUGCUUCAUGGUGUAUAAGUUCAUGUAACCCAAACCCAUCUGGGCUAAGUACAAAGACCACUUUAGCACUUUUAAGGUCCAAGCAAAAAAACACCACGGAAAUCUACACCCUGGCUGCUAUGCACAGACCCGGCGCUGGUAAACUGACAUCAUCAAGUGCAUGGAAGCAGUUUGCCCAGAUGAAACACGAGCCAUUCUUCUUGUUUGGCAGCAAGCUUGAAAAGAAAGUAGUGGGGAAUAUUAUAAAAGAAAGAGUAAAAGGAGACAUUCAUGGAGAUAAAGACAUUACAUCCAAACAAACUGAGCCGAUACGAAUUAAAAUCUUUGAAGGAGGGUAUAAAUCAAAUGAGGAUUAUGUCUAUGUCCGAGGUCGUGGCCGAGGAAAGUACAUUUGUGAAGAAUGUGGCAUUCGCUGCAAAAAGCCAAGCAUGCUCAAAAAACAUAUCCGCACUCACACUGAUGUCCGGCCUUAUGUAUGCAAGUUGUGCAAUUUUGCCUUCAAAACUAAAGGAAAUCUGACAAAACAUAUGAAGUCUAAAGCACACAUGAAAAAAUGCUUGGAGCUUGGAGUAUCAAUGACAUCUGUAGAUGAUGCUGAAACUGAAGAAGCAGAAAACAUGGAGGACAUGCAGCAGGAGGCAGAGAAGAGCAGCAGCCUGGCCGGGCUGUCGGCAGAGCACCAGUUUUCCGACGCGGAGGAAUCAGAUGGCGAGGACGGCGAUGACAAUGAUGAUGACGAUGAAGAUGAGGAUGAUUUUGAUGAUACUCAGGGAGACUCRACACCAAAAACCAGAUCAAGAAGCACCAGCCCGCAGCCCCCUCGGUUCUCCUCGCUGUCAGUGAACUCGGCUGGGGCGUCACAGGGGGCUUCCCCCGAGGGCUCCCUUUCAGUGGGACACUCCUCCCUCAUCAGUUACUUGGUCACCUUACCAAGCAUUCAGGUUACUCAGCUUAUAACACCAAGCGACUCCUGCGAAGACACACAAAUGACGGAAUAUCAGAGGUUUUUCCAGAGCAARAGUACGGAUUCAGAGCCCGAUAAAGACAGAUUGGACAUACCCAGCUGCAUGGAUGAGGAUUGCACGCUUUCAUUGGAUCCCAGUUCUUCUCCGAGGGACCUCUCACCUUCCAGUCGACAAUCGUCACCUGGCUACGAUUCUUCACCCUACAGAGAUAACUCACCAAAGAGGUAUUUAAUGCCAAAAGGGGAUUUGUCACCCAGAAGGCAUCUGUCACCCCGAAGAGAUAUUUCACCCAUGAGGCACCUUUCCCCACGGAAGGAGGCUGUGCUGAGGAGGGAGUUAUCACCAAGGCGGGACGUGUCACCAAGACGUCACCUAUCGCCCAGGAGGCCAAUGUCACCAGCGAAAGAUGUGUCUGUUCGAAGAGAUUUGUCUCCCAGGCGAGAGAGGAGAUAUAUGGCUUCUGUUAGAGCGGCAUCUCCCCGGAGAGGCUUGUACCAUAAUCCAGCAUUGUCCAUGGGUCAAUAUUUACAGUCUGAAUCUAUUCCGGUGGGACACUCAAGAAGGGGGUUGUCUCAGGCACCUUACUUCAACAUAUAUGGAGAAAAAGGAGGCAUGGAGCACCGCAGGUCUAGCCUGUUCCCCGAAGGUCCGAGCGACUAYGUCUUCAGUCAUCUUCCACUACACUCCCAGCAACAGAUCCGAGCACCUAUCCCUAUGAUGCCUAUUGGGGGUAUCCAGAUGGUCCAUUCAGUCCCCGUGGCCCUUUCAGGUUUACAUUCUCCGUCCACUCUGGCCCUGCAGAGGGAGGGCUCYGAGGAGAAGCAAAGAGGAACUGCGGAAACCCUUGCAAAAGAAUCGUACAGUAUUUCUAAGCACCACGAGAAACGUACCUCUCCGCACAGCUUGCACCCCGCUGCUCCCCCCAGCGCGCCCUCCUCGCCGCUGCUGCUGCUGGCGCAGAGCACGUCCGAGGACAGUGUGGUGGCCACCGAGAGGGAGCAGGAGGAGAACAUACAGACUUGUACAAAAGCCAUAGCCUCUCUGCGAAUCGCCACAGAAGAAGCCGUUCUGCACGGGGCGGAGCAGCCGCAGAGGCCUUCUGAGCCUCACCAGAAACCUUUAGAAAGUGCACAUUUUAGCAUUAAACACUUUAGUGGAUCUGAGCCGGGCCAGCCCUGUGCCUCAGCCACCCAUCCUGACUUGCAYGGUGGUGAACAGGACAGUUUUGGUACAUCACAGACUGCGCUAGCCCAUCCCACCUUUUACAGCAAGAGCUUUGUGGAUGUCCAGCAGCUGGGCUUCCACAGCAGGAGCGAUCCCCCAUCAAGCACACAGGAAAGGAAAGAUCCGUCAUCUGAGAAGAGCAAGCCGCAUUGAUCUGAGAUGCAUGGAGACUUUCACCCAUACAUUUACCCCACUUUUUUUUUUUCUAGAGAUAGAAGAAGUAUUCAACUUUACAGCAUGCCUGUUCUAAGUUACAGUAGUUUGCUAUUAUAUAUACUUUUGUUAUAUCAAAAGAAUUAGAUAAAGUAACAAGUCAUCAUGAGCCUGACCAAAACUAAAUUUGAAAUUCUUAUUGGGUCUGGUACUUUUAAAUUGUACAGAUGUUUGUGCCUUUUCUUUACUUUGCUUAUAUUCUUAUAAGCAUUUUUUUAGCAGUAAUUUGUACAUAUUUUAGAAUUUGUGUAUCUGCUUUGUAAUAAAUGUAAUUUCUUUCCUUUUUUGGACACUUGGAUCUAAAUGAUGUAAAACAGAACAGCAUCAAUAUAUGUGAGGUUGCACUAAAACAUAUUUUUAUAUGAUUAAAACUGAACAGCUUUUAUGUACAGCUCUGAUUCUGUAAUACUAAUAUUUAUUUACUUUGUUUCAUAAAUUGUAAAUUUUUUUCUUAAUGUUGUGGAUUGCUUUUCUAUGUGAAGCAUGGGAUUUACUGUUGCGUAAUUAGAACAAAAUGUAUAUUGUAAAACAAGAUAUUUAAACUAGAGUAUCUUAUCUUAUUCUGCACUUAUGCAUUAGUUAAAAAAAAAAAGAUAAAAGAUGUAUCAGUCAGUUCUUAACUCUUGUAAUUUUUUUUUGUCUCUUGUUUGCCGGAUUGACUAUAACUUAAGUGCUGAUUGUGAUUUUAAACUGAUAGUACCGUAAAGCAUUAAAGUAAAACAAUGUGCUAUUGUGAGUUUUUUCAAAGCUUUAUAAAACAGUUAUAAAUAUAUUAAAAGUAUUUGGUCUUAUGUGAACAUGUUGAUCUAUAUACUCCUUAAAAAGCUAUGGGAAAACAUUCCACCCCAUGUAAAUAUGUGCAUCACUGGUGCCAUCUGUGUAGCUCACCGGGACCGGCGAGAUUCGCUGUGCUGGUGCUUCCAGGAGUGGGCUCGGGGCUCUGCUGUCUGCCGGGAGGCAGAGUCCAGCRGCAGUGUCCUGAGCCACUCGCUGGCCUCCAGCAGCAGGGUGACAAGGCCCCUAUGGCAGUGUGGGGCUGGGCCAGGAGCUGGCCUGCUGGCUGGACACACGGCGCCCUGCCGAGCCUGGCUGUCCCCUGCUCCUGAGGGCUGACCGAGGGGUGUAGGUGUCAUGAAGAAGUGCCCUGGAGUGUCAGAGAGGGUUUGGAGAGGAGAAAAAGGUGUUUCCUUGCACUUCAACUCCACAGCUGGCCACUCCCUACUGCAAUACCUGGGUCAGCUUUGGGGGAGGCUCCCGUUCUGUCCUGUUCCAUCCUGUCCCGUGGACGGAGAUGUGUGGCCCUGCCAGCGAGGCAGAGAGCACCGCCACCCCGGCCUCUUCUGAAAUGGGUUUCAUGGGCAAGAAAGUCUCACAGUCUUCCAGUGUAGGGUCUCCAUCUGGGCGAGGUUUGCUCCAGAGGGAAGGGAGGAGGAGCCCGGGCUUGUGUUUGAACACGUGUGGUGGGUUACCACUACCACCAGCAGCAUGCGUGCAUGCACGCACGCACAYACACACACACGCUCAAACACAYGCAUGCACACGCACAGAUGAACGAAACCAACGACCUGGAUUAUAUUUUGUGCUAUUUAGUGGAUUAUAAAUCUGUGAAAACAAGUUUGUAUAUUGACUUAAAAUACAUUUAAGGAGUGUUCUUUAAAAAGAAAUAAAUAUACAGUUACAUGCUCGAGGUGUCUAGUUUUCAUGUGUUUUUUGAAUUUUCCAAGUUUCUUGGUGUUCCAGCAUCCUGCACGAGAAGCACCCUUAAAAWUGUGAGUGGUAGUGAAAAAGGUGGACUGUAUUUUGGCUUUCUCAGAUAUUAUCAAACUAAAACAGUUUCUUUCUCCAGUAAUACCAUGUGGGGGCAGAACCACAGGUGGCAUGCUGUAAUUCUAGCACGGUGGCAUAUGACUAGUGUAAUACCAUAAUGGAUG